UGCCGAUUUCCCUCCUUGCCAGGCUUUGGCCUCUGGUGGGCGAGAUCGUGGAGCCUACGCGGCUAAGCGCCGACCGGCUGGAGGGGACAACCAGGUGGUCGCGAGGCUGUGCGAAGGCUCAAGCGGGGACCUUGGAGAGGUCGGGCGGGCAGUGGCGGCGGCGGUGGGACCAGGGACCGGCCUGUCUGCAUCCUAGGCUGCCCGGCCGAAGCUCCGCGGGACGGUCCAUCAUCAAUAGUCUCUACACAUUUCUAAACACAGCAGAAAAUGAACAAAUCACAGGGGCCAGUGUCAUUCAAGGAUGUGGCUGUGGACUUCACCCAGGAGGAGUGGCAGCAGCUGGACCCUGAUGAAAAAAUAACAUACAGGGAUGUGAUGUUGGAGAACUACAGUAAUCUAGUUUCUGUGGGGUAUGAUAUUACCAAACCAAAUGUGAUCAUUAAGUUGGAGCAGGGGGAAGAACCGUGGAUAAUAGAAGGUGAAUUGUCAUGUCAAAGUCAUCUAGAUACUUUGCCCCCUUCUGGUUUAUCUUGCAAUUCUUUUGGACAUCUACGUGACUGGAUCUCUCCUCCAGAAGAAGUCUGGAAAGGUGAUGACCUGAUAGAGAGAAUCCAAGAAAAUGAAGACAAACAUUCAAGGCAAGUUGUUUGUAUCAACAGCAAAACCCUGAUUGAAGAGAGAGGGGAUACUUUUGAUAAAAUAUAUGUGGAAACAAGCCUUGCUCCUUCAAGCAUAAUAGCUCACAAUUGUGUCUCAUGUGGAAAGAAUUUAGACUCUAUUUCAGAAUUAAUUAGUAGUGAUGGGAGUUAUGCCAGAGAAAAGCCUAAUGAGUGUAAUGAAUGUGGAAAAACAUAUCAUGGAGAGAAACUCUAUGAAUUUAAUCAAAAUGUAGAUACCUUUUCUCAAAAUGAAGAAGGUGUUCUACAGAAAAUCAACAUUUUGGAGAAACCCUUUGAAUAUAAUGAAUGCAUGGAAGCCUUAGAGAGUAAAACUGUUUUCAUUACUCAUAAGAGAGCUUAUAUGGGGGAGAAACACUAUGAGUGGAAUGAUUCUGGGCCAGACUUCAUUCAGAUGUCAAGUUUUAACACAUAUCAGAGAUCACAAAUGGAAAUGAAGCCCUUUGAAUGCAAUGAAUGUGGAAAAUCCUUCUGUAAAAAGUCAAAAUUUAUUAUACAUCAGAGGGCUCACACAGGAGAGAAACCUUAUGAAUGUAACGUAUGUGGGAAAUCCUUCAGUCAAAAGGGAACCCUCACAGUACAUCGGAGAUCACACUUAGAGGAGAAACCCUAUAAAUGUAAUGAAUGUGGGAAAACCUUUUGUCAGAAAUUACACCUCACUCAACAUCUGAGAACUCAUUCAGGAGAGAAACCCUAUGAAUGUAAUGAAUGUGGGAAAACCUUCUGCCAAAAGACACAUCUCACCCUUCACCAGCGAAAUCAUUCAGGAGAAAGACCCUAUCCAUGUAAUGAGUGUGGGAAAUCCUUCUCCCGCAAGUCAGCUCUCAGUGACCAUCAGAGAACACACACUGGAGAGAAACUUUAUAAAUGUAAUGAAUGUGGGAAAUCCUACUACCGAAAGUCUACUCUUAUUACACAUCAAAGAACACAUACAGGAGAGAAACCCUAUCAAUGUAGUGAAUGUGGAAAAUUCUUCUCCCGGGUAUCAUACCUCACUAUACAUUACAGGAGUCAUUUAGAAGAGAAACCCUAUGAAUGCAAUGAAUGUGGCAAAACCUUCAAUUUAAAUUCAGCCUUCAUCAGACAUCGGAAAGUACACACAGAAGAGAAAUCCCAUGAAUGUAAUGAAUGUGGAAAGUUCUCUCAAUUAUCAUAUCUCACUGACCAUCAUGCAACUAAUUUAGGAGAAAAACCCUAUGAAUGUAAUGAAUGUGGGAAAACCUUCCUUGUAAAUUCAGCCUUCAGUGGGCACCAGUCACUUCCAAAAGGGGAGAAAUCCUAUGAAUGUAACAUAUGUGGAAAAUUAUUCUCUGAGUUGUCAUACUACACUGAACAUUAUAGAAGUCAUUCAGAAGAGAAACCCUAUGGGUGUAAUGAAUGUGGGAAAACUUUCUCCCAUAAUUCAUCCCUAUUUAGACAUCAAAGAGUACACACCGGUGAGAAACCCUAUGAAUGUUAUGAAUGUGGGAAAUUCUUCUCUCAGAAGUCAUAUCUUACUAUACAUCAUCGAAUUCAUUCAGGAGAGAAACCUUAUGAAUGUAGUAAAUGUGGAAAAGUCUUCUCUCGGAUGUCAAACCUCACUGUACACUAUAGAAGCCAUUCAGGAGAGAAGCCCUAUGAAUGUAAUGAAUGUGGGAAAGUCUUUUCUCAGAAGUCAUACCUCACCGUACAUUAUAGAACUCAUUCAGGAGAGAAACCUUAUGAAUGUAAUGAAUGUGGGAAAAAAUUCCACCACAGAUCAGCCUUCAAUAGCCAUCAGAGAAUUCAUAGAAGAGGAAAUGUGAAUGUACUUGAUGUGGGAAAUCUCUGAAGUCUAAAAAUCUCUCAAUUUUUAGAAAAUGCUUUGAAUACAAUAUGGAAAAUCCAGUAGGGAAUCAAAUAUAAUUGUUCAUCUGAGAGUUCAUGUUCCUGAAUAGGGAAAAGCCUUUAGGCAUUCAAUUCAUUUUAAUUUUGAUUUUCACAGAGAAGGAGCCCCAAGAAUGCAACAAAAAGCAAAGCCUUCAGCAAGACAUACAACUCAUUGGACACUAGAUGAUUUAUGCAGGAGUGAAAUUUUAUAAGUAUUUAAUAUUUAUUUUGUAUAUUUACAUAUCAGGGAAUCAUCCUAAGGAGAAAUCUGUCAAUAUGAUGAAUGUGGAAAAUGUAUUGUCUUGGAAUUGUUAUACUAAAAGCCAUACUUCUGAUGUAAAAUCAGGUGUUUAUAGGAAAGACUUUAGAAGCUAACAGCUCUGAAUUAACCUUCAUUGUAUAAAAUGAAGUUUUACAAUCAUCAGGAAUUGAUUGUGAGGACAGUAGUGGACAGUAGCAUUAAAUGAGUAUGUGGCAAUCUGAAUCAUGUUCUUAAAAUGCAAUCUAAUGGUGAUUCUAUGCAAGUUUGGAUUUGGAUAAUUUGUGAAAAGGCAGUAUUAUUUGAGUAUUAAGAUGACAAAAUGUAUUAACAGGAUAUAUUGUUGGUCAGAUAAUAUUUGAUAGGUAUAAGAAUGAAAUAUAUAAUUU